UCUCGAACAACAAAACUGCAUCAGAUCUUGUUUGUUUUCCGUAUUUUAAAUAAAUAUUUUCGUUUAGUGAUAUUUUUUAAAAAGCCGACUUCCGGAAAAUAACAAAUAUAGAUAAUGUCCAAAGACUCAAAAGAGUACCCUUUCCAAUCAAUAGAUUUUAGUAAUUAUAAAAUCUAUGUCGCAGAGAACUUUAAAUCGUGUCGAAAUUUUUCGCGAGAGCUACAACAACACUGCGAAGAGUAUCCGGUCCUCGGGUUCGACUGCGAAUGGUGGUCCAACAAAGGUCCCCGCCGAAAGGUAGCACUACUGCAGCUAGCUUCGGCUGGAGGCCUGUGUCUUUUGGUUCAACUGAAACGAUUGAGCGAAAUACCGCAGGAACUAAGCAAUUUGCUGAACGAUCCGAACAUUCUAAAAGUUGGCGUGGAACCGCUCGAAGAUGGCAGCAAACUGAGACAUGACUACGGUAUCACCAUGCAGGGGACAAUGGAUUUGCAGGUCUUGGCCCAUCAGUUGAAGAUCCCAGAACCGUACGGUCUGAAAUCUUUGGCGAAAAAAAUGCUGGAGUAUGAGAUGGAUAAGAAUUGGCACAUAGCCGCAUCGAAUUGGGAGAAGCUUCGUCUAUCCGCACGUCAGGUCGAUUACGCUGCCAAAGAUGCCAUUGUUGGAUUGGAAAUUUUCCGGGUGUUCAACGAAAGAAUAGAGAUACGCGAACUGGGACAGUUUCGUGACGUUUCCUAUAAACCACCUAAAAUCCCAAAAAUCGACAAAAAACGAAAGCAGCCAGCUGAAGCAAAGACCAAACCAAUUGAACCAAGAAAACCUCAAAGGAAGCGUCGUUCACGAGCAUAUCAUUUACAGACACAGCAAAUUCAGGCACAACUGUACACGGAAUUCUAGUUAGAUAAGACCGAGACCCAGCCUGAUCCAAAGCUUUGUUAUUCACAACGAUAGGCCAAGCUAAAAGAGGGAACCAUGCUUUAAAUCUGUAACUAUUUAUCAUCGAAUUCCCGAAAUAAGUAUUCUCAACACUUGUGUACUUAUAAGUAUGUGAUUAAAAAUCGAAAUCAUCAACGUCGAAUUUUCCGGAAGUGCAAACACAAACUACCUAGUUAAGUGCAUUAUUUAUUUAGUAGUUGAUUUUUUUUAGGUUAGAGUUUAAGAAAUAUACAUGAAUGAAUUUAUAAAUGUG